CAGGGGAUGGUCCGGUCUAGUCGCCUUUUAGUGAAUGGGGUACCUGCCUGCCCAGCGUAUAUUAAUGCACCUCGAUGUCACCGAGCGCCUUCCGUCCAUUCACUCAACUUUCUCUCCCAAGCAACGAGGUCAUCGUUACCUGGACUGGACGGUCGUUUUCUGGUGGUUGUUUUCUUUCAUCUCUCUUUCCUCGGUUCACUCAUACCCCUUCUGCACAACUCUUUGCUAUUUAUUUAAUCCGGCUCUGAUCGCCUGUCCACACUCGUUCGUCGAGCAGUGUUAAUUCGCCAUGCAUUUCAAAUACGCCGCUCUCGCACUGUCUGCAGUGCUACCGUUCUCCUCGGCGCAGACCUACUCGGACUGCAACCCUCUUAAGAAGACCUGCGACCCCGUCAGCGGUCUGGACACGGACUCCUAUACCGCCGACUUCACCUCGGGUGAAGGUGCUCUCGACAAAUGGAAGACCACCGGCGGUAAGGUCUCGUUCGGCUCGGACGGAGCUGAGUUCACCAUCAACAAGAAAGGUGAUGCUCCCACCAUCGACACCAACUUCCACCUCUUCUUCGGUAAGGUCGAGGUGACCCUGAAGGCGGCGCCUGGAACCGGUGUCGUCAGCAGCAUUGUCCUUGAAUCGGACGUCCUUGACGAGAUUGACUGGGAAGCUCUCGGUGGAGACACCACUCAGAUCCAGACCAACUACUUCGGCAAGGGCGACACCUCGUCCUAUGACCGGGCCACCUUUGAGACCGUGGCUACUCCCCAGGAGACCUUCCACACCUACACGAUUGACUGGACCAAGGAGAAGAUGUCCUGGGCCAUCGAUGGUAACGUCGUGCGCACCGUUGCCUACAACGACGCCAAGGGUGGCACUCGCUUCCCCCAGACCCCCAUGCGUCUGAGACUGGGUAUCUGGGCCGGUGGUGACUCGGACAACGCCGAGGGCACCAUCCAGUGGGCUGGUGGUAAGACCGACUACAACGGCGCUCCCUACACCAUGUACGUCAAGGACGUCAAGGUCACCAACUACAACCCCGCCUCCUCCUACACCUACACCGACAACAGCGGCUCGUACGACAGCAUCAAGAAGGGCGACGCCAAGGUCUCCGAGUCGUCGUCGACCUCUUCGGAGUCCAGCAGCACCGGCAGCACCCUGACCACCAGCGUUUCUUCCGCCUCUAAGACCGAGGCCGAGGCCGCCACUACGACUGCCGCUGCCACGACGACCGGCGGCUCGACCGCCACUGGUACCGGCGCUGGUGCCGCUUCCGAGACUGGCUCUGCUGCUACCACCGCCGGGGCUGCCACUACUGCUGGCGCUGGUUCGUCCACCGGCACCCAGACCGGCUCUGCUGAAUCUGGCAGCGAGACUGGCGCCGGCUCCGGCUCCGGCUCCGGUGCUGUCAUCAACUCCAGCGCCAGCGGUGUCAACCCCUCGGGCACUCCCUCUCCUUCCGGCUCGGUCUCCGGGGCCAGCCCCUCUCCCAGCCUGUUCCACGGAGCCGCCGCUCCUUCGACGGGCACCUCCAUGGUCUUGGCCAUUCUGGGUCUGAUGACCGCCAUGCUGCAGUUGUAAGCGGUGGGGACUUUCGAGCCAAACUUAAUAUUUUGACGGAGAGGAGAGUUUGGCCAUCUGUUUCUUGUUUCUAUUUCCGGGAGACGGGAUUGAAUCCCCUCCCGAUUCUAUGUAUCGUUACCCCUUUUGUUCUUGUAGUUCUAAGUACAUACAGACAGACACAUAAGAAAGCGCGCAGCUGCCCAUGGCUCGCCAGCGACCGUCUCUUUUUGACCUUGGUUUAUUGUUUUCUUUGGUCUGGCUUUGCUUUGGAGGAACGCGGGAUCAAACACUCUCCGUGCUGGUUUGCGGCGAAGCAUGACUCAUGCUAUUUAUGGAAGGUCCCUGAAUGGAGC